ACAAAACAAAAACAUAAACCCAAAAAUCUCUUAUAUUUUGACCAUUUAAUGCAUGUUUUUAUGCCUCAGAAUAUUUUUGGUACACAAUAAGACUUGAUCUAGUUAUAGCAGUUUAGUCUACUUUAACUUAAUACAGUUAUCAGAACUAUUUCAUUUGAAAAAUGCCUACCAAUCCUGAUGAACCUUACUAUUGUUCACAACAAAUAGCCAUUCCAACUGACUUGCCUGAUAUCUUAAAACAGUUUACUAAAGCUGCUAUCAGAACACAACCAAAAGAUGUCUUGGCUUGGUCUGCAGCAUACUUCCGAGCUAUGUCAAAUGGAGAAACACCACCUGUUAAAGAAAGAUUAGAAAUGCCUGUUGCUACACAGAAAACUGACUCUGGCUUAACACCAGGAAUACUCAAAGUUUUAAACAGACAGCUUGGUCCAAAGAAGACUAUCCCUCUGAGUACAGUAGAAGAAAAAUGGUUAGAUUUAGCAUUACCUAAAGAACAGUUUGAUGAUAUAGUUCGUAUUGGUUCAUUUGGUGGAGAAAUUGAAUGGAACAAAUUCUUAGCUAUUGCUACUUCAGCAUUAGCAGAGGGUAUGGCACAGUCCAUGAAAGGUUUAUGUGACAUAUUAACAUCAGAUCCGGAUGGUGGACCCUCUAGAAUUCCAUUCCCCUUAUUUAAAGAAUUGUAUACCUAUCUAGCUCAAAUUGAUGGUGAAAUAUCUCAACAACAAAUCAAUGAUGUUAUUGAUCAUUUACAAUAUCAUGUAAAUAAGCAAGAAGGAUAUGUACAGCCUAGAAACUUCCUCAGUUCAGAAUGUCCUAAACUCUCAUAAAGCAUGUUACAUAAUGUAUUCACCUAUUGUAUAUUCAGUUUAUUCUUGGUUAUUUGAAUGCUAAAAUGAUUCCAUCCAGUCUGUUAUUAUUUUAAAAAAUCUCUUUAUCUAUUUUGUCAAAUUUUGUUAUCACCAAUCAUUUAUUGACAUUUGUAAUUGCAACAAUUAUUAUUGCUGUAUCUUAAACAAAAAAAAAUAUUAUUCACAGAAAAGUAUGUUCUUCAUUAAAUUAUCGACUUGGGAUUUGAGAAGGAAUAUAUUACUGGCAAUAUAUAUCAGUGAAUCGAUGCAUGGCGAUAUUUCAUGCCACAAUAUGUGUAUCGUAUGGUGUAGUUGUGUAUCAAUGCUUAAUGAUACUAUGCAUACUAGAAAAACACAUAAUUAUAAUACACACACAUAACUUGACAAUAUCCAAAUACAGUAGAAAUAUAAAAGUUGAAGUUUCAUUCAUGGAAAUAAACAUGACAACAGUAAGAUGUCGACAAAUUAUCGACAAUAACUUGUAGUAAUAUACAGCUGUAAAAAAAAUCAUUAAAUCUUUGAA